AUGGAAACCGACGCAUCCAAUAUUCCCCUCCCUACCAACGAGGAUCUCUCGCCUACCGAACAGGAUUUAUUAGAUGAAUAUGAGCGAUUGGCUGAGAAUAUGAAGACGCUCGCGCAUACACUGGAAACCAUGUCUGAUAACCCUACGGCUUUUAUAUUGGAUAAUUUGCGGCAGCUGGAGAGGAAAACUAGUUUGGUUUUUACGCUGUUGAAGGCUAGUGUUUAUAGUAUUGUGUUGCAGCAGCAGAUUUCGGAGGAGCGGGAUGGGGGGAAUGGUGGUGAUGGUGAUGGUGGGGAGGGUAGUGGGGGCAGUGAGGAGGGGGAGGAGAGGUACGAAUAA